UUCGCAGACAGGCGGGCGACCAAGAAGGGAGGCAUGGACAGCUUUCUCGGGUGGCCGCUGGGCGUGCUGCUGAGUGCGAUCGCGUCGAUCAUCGGCGUCCUCGGCAAGAUCCUCCUCAAGCUCUCGUUCCAGCGCCAUAGCCGCGCCAUGUGGGCGAUGGGCAUGGCCUGCAUCGUGCUGCUCAACCCGCUCUUCUGCAUCUCCGCCUUCAACUUUGCGCCGCAGUCGCUGCUCGCGCCCAUGGGUGGCCUCUGUAUCGUAUGGAACACGAUCUUUUCGCCUUGGAUCCUUGACGAGCCGCUCUGGGGACGGGACAUUGUCGGCGCGGCCGUCGUCUUUGCCAGCUGCAUCCUCGUGUCCAUCACGGGCAGCCACAAGACGCACAAGAUUCCAGUCGACGAGCUCGCAUCGCAUUUCACAAGCCUUGCGUUUGAAGUGUAUUUUACCGUAUUUCUCGUCUCGAGUCUCGUUUUGCGGUAUUUUGCCCGCGCCGCCUUGACCGCCUCGACAGGCUCGACAAGCCACAAGACUGUGUCGUGCCGCGUCUCUCUCGCGAUCCUCGCGGGCAGUCUCUCGGGCCAGCUCUACUGCAUGACCGCACUCCUCCGCCUCCUUCAAAACGGCGUCAAGGUGCUCUUUACCACGCCGCUCGCCUAUCUCGUGGGCGCCGGUGCCAUCUCCUUUGCUCUCAUGGGCUUGCGCCUCCUCAAUUUGGCGCUGCGCCUGUAUGACGCGCUCUUCGUCAUCUACCUCUACGAGUCGACGCUCCUCGCGGCCGGUGCGAUCUCGGGCAUUUGCUUCUUCAGCGACAUGAACGACGAGUCGCUCGUCAACUGGGUGCUCUACAGCCUCGGCGUCGGCGGCAUCUUUCUUGGCAUUGGCAUCAUCUCGCAUUCCGAGUCGAUCAAGCUCCGCGCAAAGUCGUGUCCGAGUACAAAGAAAGAAGGCGAAGCGUCCCAAACAUUGCUUGCGUAAUCUGAUUGUUGUCAUAAAUCGUUAGACGACUUGAGAAAGUGACUUCCAAUUAAACAUGAAAAAUAUGUCGACACGUUAUGAGCG